AUGUCAGAAAAGAACCAUGAAGGCCGCGUCGCUCACAACUCGGUCCCCUUGGUUCUCUCCCUCAUUACUCUACCUGUUACCAUAGGUAUCUGGUUCAAUGCCGUCUCGAGUCAGGUCCGCGAGCCAUACCUUGACGAGGUCUUCCAUGUUGGCCAAGUUCAACAAUACUGUCGUGGUAAUUACUGGCACUGGGAUCCCAAAAUAACCACUCCACCUGGUCUUUAUAUCCUCUCUGUUUUAUUCUAUAAAAUCACUGGUCGAUGUGAUCUGGACGCUCUGAGAUUUGUCAAUGCUCUUUCUCUUUUUGCUAUCUUUUUCUUCCUUCUUCACACUGCUCCUCCUGUUUCGCCGCGCUCUGCCAAACAGUUGCCCUCCCAAAAGUCUACCCCUUUACUUCCUUUGGCCACUCUGUGUCCACAACAGAUUCAUUCCGCUCUCAAUGUCUGCCUCUUCCCGCCUCUGUUUUUCUUUUGUGCCCUUUACUACACCGACGUCGCUUCCACUUUGAGUGUCCUCUUUUUCACAAGGCAUCUACUGGAGAACAAUUCUCGCGGUCCGAGUUCCUUCUUCCAGGCUUGCAUAUCCAUCGUCUUGGCCAUCAUAUCCCUCUCAUUUCGUCAGACCAACAUCUUCUGGGUUGGAAUUUUCCCUAUCGUCUUGUUAGCACUCGGCGCACUGCACCAAGAUGUUCAGAGUGAAAGACCACCCGACGGCAAGUCUGUUGUGCUGCAGGCGUGGGGCGAUGCUACUUUGUAUGACCCUCAAAUGCGCGAUUCUAUCCUGGACGACUUCUGGCUCACCUGCAUUUCUACGGUGACGUUAGCGUUGCGUGCUUUGUACUUCCCUCGUACACUGCUCAAAGUCGUGAGGCUUGUGUGGCCUUAUUUGCUUGUUGUUGGACUCUUCGUUUCUUUUGUUCUCUGGAACGGCGGAGUUGUGCUUGGCGACAAGUCAAACCAUGUUGCCACGAUACAUCUGCCGCAGAUGCUGUACAUCUGGGCUUACACCAGCUUCUUCUCUUUUGGUCUUACCUAUCCAUUCGUUGCACAAGGAUUACUCUCCGUCUUUGCGUCUCUUCCAAUUGCGGCUAUUUUGGAGCCGCUUCUGAUCUUCAGCAGACGCAAGUUCCUGCCUCGAUCUGCGGUGGUUAUUGGCUUCGUAGCAGUCAUCGCUGUGACCGUGAAGUUCAACACCAUUGUACAUCCGUUCACUCUUGCCGAUAACAGACACUUCACCUUCUAUGUCUUCCGCUAUCUGCUCUUACACCCCGCCAUCAAAUAUCUCGCCAUCCCAAUCUACAUGUCAUGCGCAUGGUCUGUUCUCCAAACCCUUGGUGCGCCCGCCCAACUCUUCGAGAUCAAGGAAGACGAAAAGGACGAUGGCCAGCUUCUUCGUUUGAACGAUGCACCUUUUGGAGAGGGCUGCACCAUCAGCUUUGUUAUGGUAUGGAUUGGUGUGUCUGCCUUGCAACUCAUCACCGCUCCUCUAGUGGAACCCCGAUACUUCAUUCUGCCAUGGAUAAUGUGGCGGUUACGCGUUCCGCAAGCACAGCCUGGCGCCUCACUCAUGGCGAGACCAACACACAAGAAUUGGAAACAGUGGCUCUAUCUUGAGACGCUAUGGUUUAUCAUUAUCAAUACGGGAGUGGGUUACGUUUUCUUGAACUGGGGCUUUGAGUGGCCGUCGGAACCUGGAAAGACACAGAGGUUUAUGUGGUAG